AUGAAGGAAUCGAGUGCAAAGAAGGCUAGGAGAGGAUUCUCCUUCAAAUUUGAGGCUAGCUGGCUCAAAGAGGAGGGGUUUGGGGAUGUGUUGAAGCAAUAUUGGGAUGAAAGUCAAAAGCACAAUGAUCCUGUGGGAGAUAUUGAGAAAGCUUUUGAAAGUCAUUACUCUGGGGUCUACAAAACUGUUGAGCCAAGAAGAGAGGAGAUUGAUAGUUGUUUGGGGGCAAUGGGCAGAAGAGUAUCAGAUUCCAUGAAUGAGAAGCUGCAAAAGGAGUUCACUAAAGCAGAAGUAGAGAUGGCUCUGAAAAUGAUAGGGCCUUUGAAGUCCCCAGGACUAGAUGGUUUUGGGGCUAACUUCUUUCAACAAUCUUGGAGUAUCAUAGGAGAUGAUAUGAGUGAGGCAGCCCUUAAAGUUCUCAAUGGUGAUGGAGGGCUAAUUGGGCUGAAUGGAGGAAAAUUUGUAGUAUCCUUAAGAGGUAUGAAGGGGCCUCAGGGGUUGGGAGCUAGAGUACAAUCAGACUGUAAGAAAUAUUUGGGCUUACCUGCCAUGGUAGGGAUGUCUAAAUAUAAUACCUUUAGAGGGAUAAAGGAUAGAGUAUGGGAAAAGGUGUAUAACUGGAAAAAUAAGUUUUUGUCUCCAGCAGGGAAGGAGAUAGUAUUGAAAGUAGUAGUUCAAGCAAUUCCAAAUUAUCAUAUGAAUGUGUUUAAACUGCCAAAGAGGCUUUGCAAUGAGAUGUUUGCUUUAAUGGCUAGAUUCUGGUGGGGUUUUAAGAAAAAUUACAAGAACAUACAGUGGUGUAGUUGGAGUAAGAUGGGUAGAUCAAAAAAUGAAGGGGGUUUGGGCUUCAGGGAAUUUGAUAGCUUUAAUAACGCUCUUCUUGCUAAACAAUGUUGGAGGGUGUUGAAAUUCCCUCAGUCUAUGGCAUCAGUGGUGCUUAAGGAGAAGUAUUUCAGAUAUGUUGACAUGCUAAAGGCUAAUAUAGGCCAAAGGCGCUCACUAAUUUGGAGGAGUUUGUGGGGUUCGUUGAAUUUAUUGAGAAAGGGUCUGUUAUGGAGAGUGGGAAAUGGACAUAAUAUAAGGAUUUGGGGAGAUAAAUGGGUUCCUAGACUUUUUUCAUACAGUAUUCAAUCUCCUGUUAAAGGGCUUCAUGCAGAUGCAAAAAUGAGGGAAUUAAUGGUGGAGGAGGGUGGAGAAUGGAAUGAGGAAGUGGUGAGAAACACUCUGAAUGAAGAAAAUGCUAAUCUGGAGAUUAAAGGAGAUGUCUCAGAAAGGAAAGAUGAAGAGUGGAAGGUGUUGUGGCAGUUAAAGGUUCCUAGGGUUGUCAAAAUGUUUCUAUGGAAGGCUCUCAUUGAUAGUUUACCUACUAGAAAGAAUCUUGUGAAGAGAAGGAUAGUUGUGAAAUCGUGCUAUCCUAUAUGCGAAUCUGAAGAGGAAUCUAUUGGCCAUGCUAUUUGGAACUGUGUGAGUGCUUCAGAUGUGUGGAAUGAGAUAGAGAGUCCUGUACAAAAAUGGGGAUGUACUGAAUGGGAUCUUUUUGUAGUCUGGGCAAAGAUGGUAGAGAACUUGUCACAGGAGCAGUUGGAGUUUGUUGCAACAGUUAUGAGGAAGAUUUGGUUAAGAAGGAACCAGUUUGUUUUUGAGAAUGUUUUUAUUGAUCCUAAAAUCCUCUUCAAGCAAGUUGUUGAUAGUUUAGUAGAGUUUCAGUUGGCAUAA